AUGGUUUUCGCUGUAUACAGUCCUUACUGGAAUGGGUUUGCAGCAGGCCAAGAAUAUCAACAUACUCAUAAUUAUGGCGAUCCAGCUAAUAUGUUAUGCCUACCAAUCAAUCCUGAACUAAGCAAUAGAACAACACCAGGUAGCAGCUUAUUGGUGGGAACAGAAUAUGAAGAUGGAAACUUCUUUGCUAAUGGUGCUCAAGAUGAAGAUGUUCCGUGUGCACUAUGCAGAAGCGCAAAUACAUCAUCAUCCAUAAUGAUACCUGGCAGGCAAUCAUGUGAUCAUGGUUGGAAAAUGGAAUUUCAUGGUAUAUUGGCAUCGGGUAGCUAUACCCAAAAACCAUCAACGUACAUCUGCCUUGACAGUCAUCCCGAAUUUUUACAAGCUGGACAAGAUAACAAAGAUGGUCGUUUACUGUAUGCUACCCGGACUAAGUGUGGAUAUUUGGCCUGUCCUCCUUAUGUUGACAACAUGGCUAUAAACUGUGUGGUUUGUUCUAAAUAA